AAAUGUCCUAGCAAACAUGCUAAAGUCGGAAAGCUAGCUGCACGCUGAGGAGCUAGGGCUAGGCGAGGGAGGGGAACCGAGCAGGCUGUGGCUCGCUGCUUAGGCCGCGGCGUGCGGGGCAGCAUGUUUGCCCAUUAUAGCUUGUACAUUGUGCGACGUGUAAAUGUCCCCAACCGUUUGCGUUUCUGGGGAAACUGUUUUCUAAGCCGUGUGUGUAUGAAUUCAACGUAAUUAUCGAAAGCUAGCUGCGGUGGUCUUUGAAUGAAUGUGGACGGUGUUUACGGCUGAGCAGGCCUCACCGUGGUCAGUGUUAUCUAACGUAACGUUAACGCUGUUAAAUAUGUGUUGCUGCUUCGCACGUCGGUUCCUCCUUUUCGUGUAAAGUUAAGAUUGUCCGCGCUGCUUUUUUUAAACCAUUAAAAUCACCCGUUUUUAGCGUAACUGCAACGAGAAAGAAUUUGCGGGGAACAAUUGGGCUAACUUUGUGCUAACGCUAUUUGAAAUCGUAACGUUAGGUAACAUGUCGGCAGUCACAUCGUCCAUGGCUAACGUUAGCUUUAGCGCUUACGUUAGCUAAACGUUUUGUCUACAUAACCUCAUAUCUUUUGUUUUAGCAUCGCUGAUAUCGAAUAAGUCAAAGUGUGUAUGCGUACUCCUAUGCUAUUUGACUUGCUUAACCGCGUGAACGUGGUGCCUCCAUCGCCCUUAUGAGUAACGUUGCGUUCGCUUUAGUUGGCGGUGUUUCUCGUGCUACGUUUUACGGUAGCGACGCUUAAGCUGACUUGUGGAAACUUAACGAUUAUAGGACGACUGCCCUUUCCCGUACUGACUUCCGGACUUCGGAACUGUUUUUUGGUGUCGGGAAGUAUUUACGGACUGAAAGUAAGCCGUACAGCGUCCUUUUGUUGCGUCUGGUUUAUGGUCGUAGAUGGUGAUGCGCUUUACUCCAUCGUGUCUCUACACCUCUGGCCCAGUUUCCAACACUGAUGUUAAAGCAGGUCUUUUGCCUUCAGUUGCUUGCUGACUGUUCCUUUCCUGAAGGUAGUUCAUCUUUUUGGCAGAUCCGUGGAAUUUUUCUAAACGUAACCUUACUGGAAACGGUACAUAUUGGAAAAUCAAAAGCAAAGGUGUUGAAAGAGGAAGCAGCAGAUCUGUGACAUUAAAGGGGACAUUUUACAAAACCAGUGGCACCAGCACAAUGGAAUGUGCAGUGCACAUCCCCUCAGGUGAAGAUGAGGCACCUGAGAAAGCGGACAUGAAAGCAAAGGAAGAGAUUGAGCCACCCCCCAAAAAAAACAAGAAGCACAGAAAGCACAAGAGUAAAAAGAAGAAGAAGAGGAGGAAAGGGGAAAAAGAGAGCAGCUCCGAAUCUGGCGCAGAGUCCGACGUAGAUCAACAACCUGCUUCAAAUCCCGCCAGGACCACCAGAGCCAGUGCCAGACUAGCAGCAGCUGCAGGAUCCGUAGACCAAGCUGGGCUGAAGGAGGAUGGGAAAAGGGAUGUCAUUUCAGAUCGUACCGAUACAGAGGGAGACGCAAAAUCCAAAAAACACAGAAGACACGCUGCCAAGAAGAAGAAAAAGAAGAAGAAGAAAGAUGAAAAGCAGGAAAAGAAAUCCCCAUCUCGCUCCCCAUCUGAAAGCAGCUCUGCUUCAGGCUCAGAAUCUGAAGGUGAAGGGGGGAAAGCGGCCGGUGAUGGAAAAUACUCUUUAGCUGCAGCAUCUGAACUGCAGGAACCGGUGUCAAAACUUGUUUCAAAAAGCAAACGAGGAGAAAAAUCUGAAUUGCUUGGAGUGAAGAAAAAGGAGAUCUCAGAUAUGGAUGCGUCUCCGCCUGGAGAGAAGGGAAGCAAUACCAAUCAAUCUGAAAAAGAUAUGCGAUCGCCCCCUGCAAGCCAGGAUGCAGUAACGGGAAUGGCAACGGUUAAAACCGAGGGCACUCACGAGGGUACAUUCAGCCACGCCCAGGAGCUUCCUGACAUCAUCCCUAAACAAGAAGGUACUACCACAAGAGACGAGCCAGGCCCGAAAGAUCAGUCCAAUUCGGUUCAGAAGUCUCCGCUGACUGAGCGGGAUUCUUCCACAUGCAAGUCUCCUUCCCCUUCCAGGGGCCGUGAAGUUAAGCGGUCUGGUUCAAGUGCCAGUCGUUCGCCCACGCCUGGUGCCACUAGGGAGCUGCCGGGGCAAGCGGCGGCAGCAGCAGCAACGAAAGAACGGCGGUCAAGAACCCGCUCCAGGUCGACCUCUAAAGAAAAACGGUCCCCAACUCCUCUAAAAAGCCGGCAGCUGUCCCCCUCUCGGUCCCCUAAAUCUAAGAGGAAGUCACUCUCCCGCUCCCCAAAGCCUUUCAAGAGAGAUAUCUGCCACUCCCGCUCCACCUCUCGCUCCCUCACACCCAGGAAGAAGGGGUCAAGGUCUCCAAGGAAGUCCAAGUCCCCUAAACGCCGGAGGAGUUCACUGUCCGUGUCUCCCAAGCGACGCAGAAGCUCCCGCUCUCCGAAAAGAAAGUUGUCGCGAUCCCCCAGACGGGGUGGGCGCCGGUCUCCCUCUCUGUCUCGCUCCCCGCGCAGGAGUCGGCGGCACUCCAGGCCCCGCUCGCCCAGGCGAAGUGGGGCUGUCGGCCGGCGCUCCAGGUCGCGCUCUGUUGCUAGGAAGCGGCGCUCCACUUCUAGAUCAAGACGUCCCGUCCGUCGCUCCAGGUCACCGGCCAGACGCACGGGGGGGAGGCGCUCCAGGAGUCGAUCCACGUCUCGACGCAGGAGGUCCCCGCCGCCCAGGUCCCGCCGCUCGCGCUCCCGCUCGACCCGCAGGAGCCGACGUACUCGAUCCCGUUCGGUUGUUGUCCUUAAGCGCAACCGGCACUCCAGAUCCAAGAGUCCCCGCAAGCGGACCAAAUCCAGAACCCCUCCCUCCCGACGGCGCUCCCGCUCCCCCGCCCGGAGGAAUCGCUCCCCUCCGAGGUCUGGCAAGCGCUCCAAGUCUCGCUCGCUGUCGCGAAGGAAUCUGUCAAAGUCCAACUCGCCGCUGCCCGUGAAGAAGAAAUCUGAAUCUCCUCCGAGUGAAAGAAGAUCAAAGUCUAAAUCCGUUUCGGUGGGCUUGAACAGGUCCAGGUCGGAGUCGAGUGAUGCGCGGUCGGACAACUCCUCCCCGGCCCGAUCCACGUCGGCCUUUCCUGUUAAAGAGAUAAAACCUUCCUCCCCCGAGGCAGAGACCGCUGUGGAAAGUGCAGUAGUUGUGGCUCCAGCAGGUGCUUGGAAACCCGUGCCCGCAGCAGUUAUUGCCAUCCCCCAAGCUGAGGAACCCACGGAAACAUUGCCAGAACCACCUCAGGUGCCUUCUCCCACCCACGACGAGGAACCGAAGGAGUGUCUCAGCUCAGCCAAUGAAGUUGCUCCCAGGUCCCGGUCUGCGUCCAGAGAACCAGUCGCUGCGCCGGGUCCCUCGGAAGGAUCGGAUGAAGAAGAGGCUUCUUCCUCUCCAGUUAAGCAGCGUUCCAAGUCCCGCUCGCCCACGGAUCAAAGGAAACCGUCCCGCUCAACGUCUCCAGCUCCACGAUCGACGUCUCCGGCUCCACGAUCGACGUCUCCGGCUCCACGAUCGACGUCUCCGGCUCCACGAUCGACGUCUCCGGCUCCACGAUCGACGUCUCCGGCUCCACGAUCGACGUCUCCGGCUCCACGAUCGACGUCUCCGGCGCCACGAUCGACGUCUCCGGCGCCACGAUCGACGUCUCCGGCGCCACGAUCGACUUCUCCAGCGCCACGAUCAACGGCCAAGUCUUCAUCCCGAAGGAAGCCGUCGAGGUCUAAGUCUCCUGUGAGGAAAAGGGACUCCGUCUCUCCAGCGGAAAGGAAGAAACGCCGAUCUAAAUCUCGAAGUCCCGCCCGCCGGAGGAGGACGCGCUCUCCCGCGAGGCGUAAGAGGUCUCACUCCAAGUCGAGGACCAGAAUCCGCCGAUCCAAGUCCCGCUCUCCGGCCCGAAAGAGACGAUCCCGCUCCCCCAAUCCCCGCGGGAGGCGGCGGUCCAAGUCCACGGAAAGGAGCAAGCGGUCCAAGAGCCGCUCCACUGGCCGCAGAAAGAGAUCCGUGGACAGAAGCAGGCGGUCGAGGUCUCGUUCUACCGAUCGCAGACGCAGGUCUCGAUCAAGGGGUCGGGGAAGGCGCCCGGUGUUUCGCAGUCGUUCAUUCGACAGGCGAGACAGGUGGAAAAGGGAGCCCAGCCACUCUCCAGUUCUCAUCCUCCGCAAACAGCGCCGCUCGGGGUCCCGGCCGCGACGCAGUACCAGCAAGACUCCUCCGCGCCUCACCGAGCUCGAUAAAGACCAGUUGCUGGAGAUAGCCAAAGCUAAUGCUGCUGCAAUGUGUGCUAAGGCCGGGGUGCCUAUUCCUGAGAGUCUUCGUCCGAAAGCCAUCCUCCAGCUCCCUCUACCCACCCCGUCUCCCACGCCUCUCUCCUUACCGCUGCCGCUACCUCUCCCAAUGGGCAUGGGGAUGUCCAAUAUGGGUCAGAUGGGGAUGUCCAAUAUUCCAGGAAUGUCCGGCAUGUCAAACAUCACCAUGAGUGCCGCUAUGGCGAGCAUGACUGCAGCCACUAUGACUGCUGCCUUGACCAACAUGGGCGCCCUGGCGUCCAUGCCGCCCCUGGCCCCGCUUCCUACAAUCACUAACAAGCCCCCGCCGAGUCUCGCUCCCCCGACGCCGACCCUCAACCUGGACCACAUCGAGGAAGCCAAGAGGAAGGUCACUCAGCAAGCCAACAUACACACCAUUAAAGAGCUUACUGAGAAGUGUAAGAUGAUCGCAAAUAGCAAGGAGGAGAUGGCCAUCGCUAAACCACAUGUCUCAGAUGAUGAAAGCUAAUAUUGCCACGUUCUCAAGCCACCACCCUCAAAAGGACUGAUGGGUGAGCGUAACAAACGGAGGACCUGCCUUCACACAGUUCCCUUUUGGCAGCCAGAUGAGCUGACUGAACCCAAAUAAACUCCAUGAAGAAGAGCAUCCAAGUUUUCACAAGCAGGCAUUCAGGCACCAGCCGCUGCCCCUCCUAGCUCCCCACUUUUGUUUCUGAGCGAGAGAGACUGUGAUGCCACGCAGUGAACUGGGCACACUAACGUGUGCACAGUUGUAUGAUUGUUGGCGUGUGUGCGUGUGUGUGUAUAUAGUGACUUUCACCACCUCAAUGUUGCUGCACAUUUUAAGCGGUUACUGACAUAAAGAGGAAACAAACCAAACUAACUAGUGGCGCAAGUGUUUUUUUGUAAAACCUUAGUUUCUCAAAAUUAGUUUUGCUUUUAUGCUUUCUAAAAGAACUGUUAAGUGGAGACUUCUUCCUUGUUCUUCUGUAUUUCCCUUGAUUAUCUCUAGUCCCCGUCUUUUUAAAUAAAUAAUGCAGACAACGGUUUGUUAGAUGCUCACAUGUGAUUUUGUUUUCCAAAGCCUGGGUGUGCAGGGCAGGAGUGACCGCGCAUGAAUCCUGGAGCAGGAUGCCAGAUUGGGUUUAUGUUGAAGGAAUGGUAUUUUGGCUACGACAAAACGUAGCUAAUUCAGUUAGCACUUCCCUGGGUGUGAUUUUUGUUCACUCUGUUUUAAGUGACCCCAACCUAAUGUUUGGACUCUAUCCUAGUCUUUCAUUUGGGCUUUGAUGGGAUUUUUUUUUACCAACUUGUAAACCUUUUUGCUGUAGAUGUAAAUGGGCAUUUCAUCUGUUACUCUUUUGACACCAACCUAACAUGCAGUGUUGUGUGUGUGUUUAGGCAACUAUAACACACGAAAGGAUGCACAAGCUCCAUGCCAUUGAUAUCAGUUUGGAAUUGCCACGAUAGUAUUUUAAAACUAGAAGAAAGACAUUUGAAUGGGAGGCUUCUAUCCGAUUUCAUGCAGGUUUGAGUUUCGAGUUUUGAGCAAUCUUGGUUCAUUCGGAUUUUGGAGAUGGUGGGACCUUGCCAACAGAACAGAAUCUACCAUAAUACCCAUAAUUCCAGAUCCAGAUCACAACUAAGAUCUGAUAGAACCUUGAGCCACCAAGCUUUAUCUGAAUUUGAUAAAACGGAUGGGCGAAAAUGUAUCUUCCUUCCCACUGUAGAAUGUAAAUGUUAAUUAUUAUUCAUUUAAAAGAUCACUUCAAAUUUUCUGUGACAUUCAUACAUGAGGUUUUGUUUUUUUGUUUUCAAAAUCCGCUUUGGAUAUGCUUUUGCCUUUUUAUUGUUUUACACUAUUAAAACACAAUUUCUAUUGACUUUUAUAGAGACACACACAGGAGCAUAAUUCAUAAUGCUGUGCUGGAGGUGACAAAUGACUACUGGUUAGAGUUGAAUGAACAAAGUUCGCUCUGUACUGUUCUGUGUAUUGGACAAUCAGGUUCCUGGUCUCAAGAUGCUUUUCUUGAAUAAAGAACUAAAACCACAUCACAUGUCUAAUUGGAAAGAAUUAAGAGCUUGUAAAAGCAAAAAAAAAUCCCAUUUCAUUUAUUCCAAUUCUGCGUUUAAUAUCGGCUUCACUUGUAAAUGUUUCUCCGGCCUCUUGCAGGUCUUCUGUCUGAGCUGCAUCUGGUUAAACGGGGUCUACGAUUCAUUCGAUGCUUUGUUCUCAUUGGGUAACUGAAGAACAAAAGUGUACUUGGAGCUUUUGGGCUGACUGGCAGGGGUGAGGUUUUUAUGGAAUCGCUCACUCAUAAUGCGUUUAUUUUCAUUGGAGGGAACAUUAUUCUGGAUCUGUUUGUCGACGUCCCGCACCCAGGGCUGUUUAACUGUAACUAUACUGACUGUACCAAAAGUGUAGUUGAACUGUUGAAUUGAUUCCAUGGGGUUAUCUGUAGCUAUUUUAAUGACCGGAAAAGAAAGAAAAAAAAAAUAGAAAUGCAUUUUGGAUCAUUUGAAUAUGACAUUGCCUGCUUUGUACAUAAAUGUGUUGAUGAUUAUUAAAAACCUCAAUGAUCUGUA